CACAAUUGCUGACCAUUUACUGAGGCAGUGGCGGCAGCCCAACCAAGCGAGUCCCUGUCUGCCACCUCCCACUCCCACUCGCAUCUCCUAUCUCACGGGCCUCGCUGGUUUUGCUUCCUCCCUCCAGCGUCCCAAGGCAUAUCCAGACUGAUCGAGGCGCUCUCCCAUCGACAUCGCAAUCGACGCUGAAUACUGCCGCGAUGCCUCACCCCGUCUCGCCGCCGUCGGAGCACCCGACGAUGGUCUCCAAGGACGCCCCGCCCCCGCCAUCGCAGGAGACGGUUGCCGACUUGCUCAACACCAUCUUCACGGCCAAGACGUCUGCCGUCUCCAUCGACGCCUGCUACGCGCUGUGCGAGCUCCUGCUGUCGUCGGUCGGCUUCGCGGGGCUCACCCAGUACGGCAUCCUCGCCGAGGUCAAGAAGGCCGCUGGCGAUAAGAAGUCCGGGCUCCGCCGCGAGUCCAGCCAGAACCUCCUCGGCGCCAUCUUUGAGCGCUUUCUCCCUCGCCAGCCCGUCAGCGAGGUUGUUCUCCUGCUCGAGGAUGGCGGCAUGGUUGCCUGUGCCCUCGACGCCCUCGCCGAUAAGGGCGCUGUGGUCCGCGAUGCCGCCCAGUACGGCCUGGACGCCAUCUUCACCAACCUCAGCUCCGAGGCUCUGGUCGUCGGCCUGCUGCCCGCUCUCACCACCUACCUGUCUAAGAGAACUGGCAAGUGGCAGGGCACCGUCGGAGCCUACAAGCUGAUGCAGAAGAUGGCCGACAAGGCCAAGCUCACCGCUGGAGGCACCAAGGAGGAGGCUAUCGAGAAGGAUGUGCUCCGCGAGGCCAUGGGAGCCAGGCUUGCCGGCCUUAUCCCCAUCGUCGAGGGUGGCAUGCACGACCUCAAGGCUGAUGUCGAGAAGCAGGCCGUCCUGACCAUGACUUCUCUCACUACCCUGCUCUCCAACGACGAUGUCGCUCCCCGAAUCCCUCUUCUCAUCGACACCAUGCAGCACCCCUCCACCCAGACCCUCCAGAAGGCCAUCCACGCCCUUUCCAUGACCACCUUUGUCGCCAUCGUCACCUCGCCAGUCCUGGGUCUUCUGACUCCUUUCCUCGAGCGAUCCCUCAACACCCCCAGCACAGCCCAGGAGGUCCUGCGCCAGACCGUUGUUAUCGUCGAGAACUUAACCAAGCUCGUCCACGACCCCAUCGAGGCUAGAACUUUCCUCCCCAAGUUGACUCCUGGUGUCAAGGGUGUCUGCGACCGCGCCUCUCUCCCCGAGGUCCGAGAGCUCGCUGAGCGUGCCUUGGCCACCAUGGAAAAGGCUAUGGGUAACGAGGAGGACAUUAUUGCCCGCACUUCUGGUGACGAUGUCGCCAAGAUCCUCGACGAGCAGAUCAAGUUGAACAAGGGCCUUUCCGGACACCUUGAGUUCUACAAGGUCGUCCGCCCCUACAUUUGCGACAUGGUUGCCAUCGAUGUCAACUACCGCUUUGUUACCCGCAUCGCGGCCCGUAUCGCUCCCCAUCUCAAGAGCCUGAUGCAGGAUCCCGAGGCUGCCCAAAAGGUUGCCGACGCCGUCCAGAAGCACUACGUUGAAGAGGACGAGAAGCGCUACGGCGUCCCUGAGAAGGAGGACGACGGCGAGGUCGAGAUUGUUAACGCCGACUUCUCCCUGGCCUACGGUGGUAUGCUGCUCCUCUCUCACACCAACCUGCGACUGCUCAAGGGUCACCGCUACGGUCUCUGCGGCCGCAACGGUGCCGGAAAGUCCACCCUCAUGCGAAGCAUUGCCAAUGGAAAGCUUGAGGGCUUCCCUCCCCAGGAUGUUCUGCGAACCUGCUUCGUUGAGCACAACCAGGGCGAGGAUGCUGACAUCAGCAUUCUCGACUUUGUUGCCAAGGAUCCUGAGAUUGCUACUCAGGGCAUGGAGCGCAUCUCCGAGGUUCUGACCGAGUUCGGCUUCAGCGCUGGUCCCGAGGGUCGACAGGCCGAGAAGGUUGGCUCCCUCUCUGGUGGUUGGAAGAUGAAGCUGGCUCUGGCCCGAGCCAUGCUCCAGCGUGCCGACGUUCUCCUCCUGGACGAACCUACUAACCAUCUCGAUGUCGCCAACAUCGCUUGGCUUGAGACCUACCUCAAGACGCACCCUGACAUUACCAGUCUGAUCGUCUCUCACGACUCUGGCUUCCUGGACAACGUCACCACUGACAUCUACCACUACGAGCCUGGCAAGAAGCUGGCCUGCUUCAAGGGCAACCUGGCUGCCUUUGUCGAGAUCCGUCCCGAGGCCAAGAGCUACUACACUCUGUCGGCCUCCAAUGUUCAGUUCAAGUUCCCUCCUCCGGGUAUCUUGACUGGUGUCAAGUCGUCGACUCGCGCCAUCAUCCGCAUGACCAAUGUCAACUUCAGCUACCCUGGUGCUCCCAAGCCAUCCCUUUCGGAUGUCUCUUGCCAGCUUACCCUGUCGUCCCGAGUUGCCAUUAUCGGCCCCAACGGUGCCGGCAAGUCGACUCUCAUCAAGCUACUUACUGGCGAGACCAUUCCCUCUACCGGAAAGGUUGAGAAGCACCCCAACCUCCGUAUCGGCUACAUCAAGCAGCACGCGCUGGAGCACGUUGAGAUGCACUUGGAGAAGACUCCCAACCAGUACCUCCAGUGGCGAUACGCCCACGGUGAUGACCGAGAGGUCCACAUGAAGCAGACCCGCAUGGUUUCGGAGGCCGACAAGGCCCAGAUGGACAAGUGGAUUGACCUCAAGGAUGGCCGAUCUGCCCGACAGAUCGAGGCGCUUGUUGGUCGACAGAAGUACAAGAAGACUUUCCAAUACGAAGUUAAAUGGCGCGCCCAGCUCCCCAAGUACAACAGCCAGAUCUCCCGUGAGACUCUCCUCGAGCUCGGAUUCGACAAGCUCGUUCAGGAGUUUGAUGAUCACGAGGCUUCGCGUGAGGGUCUGGGUUACCGUGAGCUCCAGCCCUCGGUCAUCUCCAAGCACUUUGAGGAUCUCGGUCUCGACCCCGAGAUUGCCAACCACAACGAGAUCGGCUCUCUCUCCGGUGGUCAGAAGGUCAAGGUCGUCAUUGCCGGUGCCAUGUGGAACAACCCCCAUUUGCUGGUGCUUGACGAGCCUACUAACUUCUUGGAUCGUGACUCUCUUGGUGGCCUCGCUGUCGCCAUCCGCGAGUUCAAGGGCGGUGUCAUCCUCAUCUCCCAUAACGAGGAGUUCGUCGGCGCCCUGUGCUCCGAGCAGUGGCUCGUCCGCGAUGGCCGUGUCGCCCAGAAGGGCAAUACUGCCAUCAGCCUCGACCGCUUCGAGGACAGCCGCCCUGGCAGCGGUGCCACCAGCACCGCCGUCAGCAGCGUCGCCAACACUGCUGCCAACUCGGUCGUCAGCAGCGCUUACAACUCCGGCGUCGAGGACAACUCGGAGAUGAAGUUCAAGGCCAAGAAGAAGCGCAAGAUGACCAAGAAGGAGCUCAAGGAGCGCGAGGUCCGUCGCCGCCUUCGUCACAUCGACUGGCUCAACAGCCCCAAGGGCACGCCCCAUCCUCCGGAUACCGAUGACGAGGAUAACUAAGGCGCACACCGAUUUAAAAGCUAGUCCGAUUUUUGUUUUCAUUUUCUUUCAUGCUUUGCGACUUUCUCGGUCUUGGUUUUCGGGUUCCGUUUCUGGUUCGAAUUUGUAUGUGACGGAUGACUUGUCUUGAUGCAUCUGCACGGUUUUGUUGCAUCAUAGACUCGUACGCAUCCUGUUGGAUGUCUCAACGUGUCGGGGCUGAUGCAU